AUGAGUAGGUCAAGGAGAAACUUUUUGAUAGUCAAAUUAAAGGAGAUGGAUAUUUAUGAGCUAUUCUUUCGGAUGUAUAAUAUUUAUCUAUUAUAAAGUAUGUAUGCAACACCUACUAUAAAUGAACUUUCUUUGGAUGCUAGAAUGGGAAAGAUUUUCUCUAUUGCUUAGAGGAGUGAAAUAUGGAUAGAACGAGAGAAGAGUACCGAGUACAAAAUGCUACUUAAAUGUCUGGAAAACAGAUUUAAGGAACUUGAAGAUGAAAUAUACAAGAGCGAAGAGGACCAUAAAACAUUAAUA